AUGCAUUCCAGCGAUGUUACUUUUGACCCGUCCAACAUGUACUCGAACAAUCCUGCGGAGAGGAUGAGGAUUAUCAACUUGGUCAUUAGCCAAGCGCCUGCACGGGCUGCGAGUGCCAGUGUGGUGAACGGCUGGCACACCAGCAGAAGCGACAGACGGCAGCACUGUACUGUUGAUUACUACGACGCCGCUGGUAGCCGGAUCAGCCGAAAUCACAUUGUCUGA